GGACAAGGGCAAAACUCCAAAUCCCAGUAUGCCGCGCGGCGGUCGGGUGCAGCGCCUGCUCUGAUCCUCCCUACUUUUCUACUCCUUCCCUUCUCUUCUGAAUCCUCCGCUCGGGACCCCUGUCUGUGAAAGCCUUCGUCGCUCUCCCUACCCUUUUCUCUAAUUUUUAACCGUCCUUUCCCCUAUUUCCUGGAGCCAGUGCGAGACAUUGACUCCGAUUAAGCGACGUACACGAGUUGGGGUGGACAGAGUGGUGAUGGAGAGCACCCCGUCGAGGGCUGGACUGAACCGAGCACACCUGCAAUGCAGGAAUCUGCAGGAGUUCCUUGGGGGCCUGAGCCCUGGGGUGCUGGACCGACUCUACGGGCACCCUGCCACCUGUCUGGCUGUGUUCAGGGAGCUCCCGUCUUUGGCUAAGAACUGGGUGAUGCGGAUGCUCUUUCUGGAGCAGCCUUUGCCGCAGGCUGCUGUGGCCCUGUGGGUGAAGAAAGAAUUCAGCAAAGCUCAGGAGGAAAGCACAGGGCUGCUGAGCGGCCUCCGGAUCUGGCACACGCAGCUGCUUCCUGGUGGUCUCCAGGGCCUCAUCCUCAACCCCGUCUUCCGCCAGAACCUCCGCACUGCGCUUCUGGGUGGGGGCAAGGCCUGGUCUGAUGACACAAGUCAGCUGGGACCAGACAAGCAUGCCCGGGACGUCCCCGCACUGGAUAAGUACGCCGAGGAGCGAUGGGAGGUGGUCCUGCACUUCAUGGUGGGCUCCCCCAGUGCAGCCGUCAGCCAGGACUUGGCUCAGCUCCUCAGCCAGGCAGGGCUGAUGAAGAGUGCUGAGCCUGGAGAGCCGCCCUGCAUCACCUCUGCUGGCUUCCAGUUCCUGUUGCUGGACACCCCCGCCCAGCUCUGGUACUUCAUGCUGCAGUACCUGCAGACGGCCCAGAGUCGGGGCAUGGACCUAGUGGAGAUCCUCUCCUUCCUCUUCCAGCUCAGCUUCUCUACUCUGGGCAAGGAUUACUCUGUGGAAGGUAUGAGUGAUUCUCUGUUGAACUUCCUGCAGCAUCUGCGUGAGUUUGGGCUUGUUUUCCAGAGGAAGAGGAAGUCUCGGCGGUACUACCCCACGCGCCUGGCCAUCAAUCUCUCAUCGGGUGUUUCUGGGGCGGGGGGCACUGCGCAUCAGCCAGGCUUCAUUGUCGUGGAAACCAAUUACCGGCUGUACGCCUACACAGAGUCGGAGCUGCAGAUCGCCCUCAUUGCCCUCUUCUCUGAGAUGCUCUAUCGCUUCCCCAACAUGGUGGUGGCGCAGGUCACCCGGGAGAGCGUGCAGCAGGCCAUCGCCAGCGGCAUUACAGCCCAGCAGAUCAUCCAUUUCCUAAGGACAAGGGCCCACCCAGUGAUGCUUAAACAGACACCUGUGCUGCCGCCCACCAUCACCGACCAGAUUCGGCUGUGGGAGCUGGAAAGGGACAGACUCCGCUUCACCGAGGGCGUCCUGUACAACCAGUUCCUGUCGCAAGUGGACUUCGAGCUGCUGCUGGCCCACGCGCGGGAGCUGGGCGUGCUGGUGUUCGAGAACGCGGCCAAGCGGCUCAUGGUGGUGACGCCUGCGGGGCACGGCGACGUCAAGCGCUUCUGGAAGCGGCAGAAGCACAGCUCCUGACGCGGGCGCCGGACGCCCCGGGGACUUGGGGGACCUGCACGUGGGGACGCUGCUGUUCAAUAAAGUCGGAAAGCGCUC